AUGUCUCUCCUCUUCUUCCUUCGACAGGCUCGCCAGCUGCACCGCCAGUUCCUUUCGGGGGCUGUAUCCGAGUCUCCAAUCUAUGUCAUCGGCAAUCCUUCUGCUGAUCUGGACUCGAUUGUUUCAGCGAUUGUUUAUUCUUUCUGCGCGAACAACCGCCUCCCCCUCAAAGCCCCGCGGCCGCACAUUCCACUUCUCAAUCUUCCCAAUGUGCCUGCAGGACCAGAACUGUACCGGCUACGACCGGAAUUUGCUACUGCAUUAUGGCUUUCGACUAAUUUCCCCGUAUUGAAGACCGAGGAGCAGUUUGAGAAUACCCAGGACUCGGCGGGAAAUCUUCUUCGCGAACAUGUCGUGACAGUUGCAGACUUCGCCCAGGAUAUGAAAGAGCAGAACAUCCUUGAGCAGCUCCUCGCUGAUGUAACCCUGGUUGAUUGGAACGCCUUGCCUGUUCCUUCCAACACAGACAAGGGAUAUGGCUCACUCUCCGGUUUGCCAGGUGUCACCUUCCGAACUGUGGGAUGCAUCGACCACCACGUCGAUGAGAAAUUCAUGCCAGGCGCUGAGUCUCUACCGGAGAACCAGCCUCUGAUCAUCCAACCCGGUCCUGGUUCCUGUGCCUCCCUUAUUACGAGAGAAUUACAGAGCCGGACGCUUAUGGGUGGCGAGCAAGCCUUCUUAGAAGAAAUGGCACAAGUAGCAAAGCUCGCUCUCUCGGCGGUAUUGAUCGAUACAUCGAAUCUAACUGCCGAGGGUAAGGUCACUGAUGUUGACUGCAAGGCAGUCAAGACCCUGCACUCACAGAUCAGGGGAGGAUUGGAAGCAUCCGAAGCUUCUGGGGAUAAAUGGGAUCUAGAAUCUUUCUACAAUGAUGUUCUGAAUGCUAAACAGAACAGUCUUGAUCUCUUGAAUCUGAAUGAAGUUCUUGAUCGUGAUUAUAAGGACUGGAGUGAGACGUCCCAGUCUUCUGGCGAAAAUGUGAAGAUGGGCUUCUGCUCUUCCGUUAAGCCUAUUCGGUGGAUUGUGCAGAAAUCGGGGACACCGGAGAAAUUCCUGGAUGCUAUACACGCUUUUGCUUCAACACAGAAAGAGCUAGAUGUUGUUGUCGUUAUGACGGCAUUUACUGCUGCUGAUGGCUCGUUUUGUCGCGAGCUGUUUGUCUGCGUGAUUCGUGAGAAUCAGUGUGCACUUGAUGGCGUCAAGGCUUUUGUGGAGCAGACAACCUCUCAGCUCGAGCUUGUGGAUUGGUCGCCGUUAGAUAACGAGCAUAUCUCCGGGCAGGAGGAUAUAGGUUCUGCUCUCAAUGGAUCAGAUACACCCUUUUGGAGAAGGUUGUGGAUUCAGAAGAAUGCCGCUGGCAGUAGAAAGCAGGUUGCGCCACUGCUACGGACUGCAGUAUCUAAGUUAUAA